AUGGCCGCAGGCAUGACACAAGCUCCCUUUCCACCGAAUCAAGAAGGUCCUGUUUUGGAUGAGCAGGGCUCUAUAGAUCCCGACCCAGUACACCAUCUUGGUUGGCAAUACCCACCAGGCACCAGCAACCCCAAUGCGCCCACUGCCUCCAAUGCGCCCGCCAAUGUGCUUUGGCAAGAGGGGGCCCCAUUAACCUCCGGCGUCGAGCCCUCACUGGAUUUUGCUUCCCUGCCAUAUCUCCCAGAGUAUGGGAAUGGCACCGGCGAUAUUAUCUGGGAUUUUUCGUUGGGCGCCUCAAAUGCUGGUUACGGGACAGUUUGGCCAACGUCCCCAACGGAGGCCUUCGUGCACAACCCCUGGGACCUAGCCAACCAAGCAUUCCCAUCUCCGGCGUCAGAAGCGCCAUCAUUUAACUUCGCCCUGAACCCUUCCGGAAUGGACGGGCCAGCGGGCUAUCAAUUCACAUCAACCCAAAGCAGAACGGACUCGCCCACCACGGCGAUGAACCUGAUCCUGCCUACCCCGCUCCCCCAACCAGCGGACAGCUCCCCCAAAAACCCCCACCCCGCACCGAAACGGCCGGCCGAAUCCCCUGCACGCCCUUCCCGGCCGCGCACCCUCAAGCGGCACCGAUCCGACACACCCUCCAUCGCGUCUAUCGCGUCCAUCUCCACGCCCGGCAGCGCCUCCACCGUGGGGUCGGCGACCACGACGCUGGGCGGGGUGCUCCCCGCCAACGUGGACCCGCGCGUGGCGUCGGAGCAGAUCCGGCGCGAGGCGUGGGAGCGGUGCAAGGCCGAGGCGAACGAGAUGUUGCAGCGGCGCAUGAUGCUGAUGGACCACGAGCACGGCGCCCUCGAGCGUGAGACCCAGCGGUUGCAGGUCAACCUGAGCCUGAUGCGCGAGGCCGCGAGGCGCGAGCAGGCCGAAGAGGAAGAGCAGGUGGCCAAGGCGGGGAGGGCCGAGAGGUGGAUCGAUGGGGAGUGA